AUGGCGGAUCGAAGUGGUGAAGAGAAAACAAGGGAAAUGGUUACAUCUACUGGAUACUGUUAUUCUAAUCAUGAUUAUUCAACUGGAAAUUCAAAUACUCAGACUCAUCUGGUUAGCCAGUUGCAACAAUUUGAGCAUAAUUCUGAGAUCUACAACUUUACUGCUGGCAUGGAAAUGAUAGGGUUUCCAUCAAAGAAUCUGCAUCAACAAAAUGAGAAUACCUCAGUUUUGUGGAAGGAGUUCUUCAACAAGCCCGGGGUCGGUUGUGUGGCAUCAUCCAAACCCACAUCAACAAGUGAAUUCUAUAGCCAUGAUUUAACAGGUAUAUCUGAUACGACAAAUGAGAACUUGUUGGAUUCUUCAUCAGCUUGGAAUAAUCAGAACAGAUUGAUGGUGGAUGAUCCAUCUUCGAGGUGUAUUUUUCCUGGUGAAGGAAAUGAAAGGCGCCUUUCACUCUCUUUGAGUUCAUCAAAUCCUGGGAGUACUGGGAUUCAUCAGUCUUUUGGUGUUGGACAUCAAGAUGAUUUAAGGUUUGGUCCAUCAAGUUCUAGGUCUGUGAAUAUUCAACAACACUUUCAUAUAAGGAACUCAAAUUACUUGGCUCCUGCUCAAGAUCUUCUUAAUGAGUUCUGUAAUCUUGGUACAAAACACUCUGUGAAUACAUCAAAGCAAAAGAUUCAGAAGAAUAAUGUAUUGGAUGAUGAGAAUAUCAUAAAAAAGCAAUCUUUGUAUUCCCUUGAUCUCCUCGAGUUGCAGAAAAGAAAAACCAAGUUGCUUCAACUCCUAGAAGAGGUGGAUAGAAGGUACGGGCACUACUGUGACCAGAUGAAGGCUGUGGUAUCAUCAUUUGAAGCAGUUGCUGGAAAUGGGGCUGCAACAGUGUAUUCUUCCCUAGCUUCAAAGGCCAUGUCAAGGCAUUUUAGGUGUCUAAGAGAUGGGAUUUUUGGGCAGAUUAAGGCCACCAUGAAAGCAAUGGGUGAAAAGGACACUGCUGCGCCGGGCACAACGAGAGGGGAGACACCAAGACUUAGACUUCUUGAUCAAACUUUAAGGCAACAAAGGGCAUUCCAGCAAAUGAACAUGAUGGAGAGCCAUCCAUGGAGACCUCAACGAGGAUUGCCCGAAAGAUCGGUUUCUGUUCUUCGUGCUUGGCUUUUCGAGCACUUCCUCCACCCGUAUCCAAGUGUCGUAGAUAAACACAUUUUGGCCCGCCAAACAGGUCUCUCAAGAAGCCAGGUGUCAAAUUGGUUCAUCAAUGCUAGGGUGAGGCUAUGGAAACCAAUGGUGGAAGAAAUGUAUAUAGAAGAACUAAAAGAAAAGGAGGGCUUGAAUGAUGAUUCUAUAACCAAUCUUGAUGAUAACGGUGAUCAACUGAAUAUUUUGCGAAACGUAGACGAAAAGCCGAACCACGAUCAACUUGUGAGAAUCGAUUCCGAAUAUCUCUCUUCAGUUGUCAACAAUCCAGAGAAAAAUGAUGGCAAAAAGAGUCAAAAUGAUCAGCACCAGCACCAUAGUUUUGGUAGGGUGGUGGACUCAUCAUUUGGUGCUAUGAAAUUGGAUUUCUCUAACAAUCAUCACUCAGCAGGUGGGGCCAGCGCGGCACACAAUUACGUUGGCAGCAGUAGCGGCAGUGGCCGUGGCGGUGGUGUGUCAUUGACAUUGGGAUUACACCAUGCAAGUGGUGUUGGGGUGAGCUUAGCAUUUUCUCCAGCCUCCCAAAACUCACUUUUCUACCCUAGAGAUCACAUUGAAGAAUGUCAAACAGUACAAUACUCACUCUUGGAUAAUGAAAGCCAGAAUCUGCCAUACAGAAAUUUGAUGGAUGCACAACUGCUGCAUGAUUUGGCUGGAUAG